UCCUACAAAAGUACCCAUUUGUAAGCCGCUGUAGCGUGUUUCCUCUACUUGAGAAAGCAAGCCAGUCAGACCAGUCGCUACCUUCGUUCGUGUGCAGCUGUGCUGGCUGGGCACGGUCUCUAUCCGGUGAAGUUGAUGCUUUUUGGAAGCUUGAUCUUGCUUGGCCAUCCUGUGGAAACAAACAGUCGCAGCAUCAGCAGCAGAAAGGACAAUGGAGGCUGAAUAGAGCAUGCCGAUUGAAUAGCAUCACAACCAAACACAGCAAGGACACACACGCGUAAUAAAUAAAUAAAAAAUAGCGGGAUAUAAAACCUUAGUGAUCUCUUCUGAAAGAGAGGAAAAGGCAGGGCAAAUUCCAGCCAUUCAAGAGGCUGUUUGGUAAAAAGAAAAGCAAGGACUCUGGAACAGUCUUGGUGGAGGCACAGCUCAAAACCAGUCAAUCCACAGGGGACGUUUGCAAUGAGGGCCUGUCAGAUGACCAAACCAGCAAACAUUUAAGGUCGCUAAACAACAUGGGUACUCGUGCUUUUUCACAUGACAGUAUUUUUAUCCCAGAAGGUCCAGAAGAAGACAGAAGUUCUGAGCAAGCCAUGUCCCAAGAAAACGUCACUGACAAAGUCAAAAGCCUCCAGAGACAAAUAGCCCACAAUAUAAAAUUUGGCCAGAAACCACGGUCAGUCUCUGUAAGAAAAACAGAGGAUGCUGGAGGGAGUUCUGAGGAUGAGGAGCUACCAAGAAACCCUGUUAAGGUCUUUGCACAGAUGGAAACGAAGCCAUCAGAUUCAGGAACACAGCCUAUUGAUCUUCCCAAACACAGUCCUUUAUCUGAAGCAGGAAUAGGCAGUUGUGAAGAAAAGCAGGCUACUCCAGUCAAAUCUCUGAGUCCAAAAGGAGCGUUUUCUGUAGAAGGCACAAUUGAAUCUAUUAACCUUGAUGCAGUCCCUCUUUCUGGAUCACGUCUGGACAACACUGCCGCUAAACACAAACUAUCCAUAAAGCCAAAAAACCAGAGAGCAUCCAAGAAACACCAGAGACUAACACUGGGCCAGCAAGACCUUGUCCUUCCUGAGUUAGAGGAGACAAAAGGUAAAAAACAUGCAGAAGUAAAAAGUAAGCAGGAAGAAUACAAGCAUAACCAAUCCAAGGAACAAAAGAGAUACAAUGACAACCACAGGCUUAGAGGAUCAAAAGAGGAGAGAAAAAGACAUGAGGAACAUGAGAAACUUCAGGAAUCCAAGAAACAGAAAAUUCAAGAGGAACAGAGUCUGAUGGAACAACAACAAAUGCUAUGUGAAGAAGUUGAAUAUGAAUUGGAAAAACAAAGGCAGUGUGAAAUUGAGGGACAGAAGGCACAUGAAGCAGAAGAACAGCAUCUAUGUGAGAUGGAAGAAAUAAAGCUACAUGAGGAGAGAGAGGAACAGAGGCAAUAUGAAACUGAAGCACAGAGAAUGCGUGAAAUUGAAGAAAAGAGGCAACAUGAGCAAGAGGUACAGAGGCAACUCGAGGCUGAAGCACAAAGAAUGCAUGCAAUUGAAGAAAAGAGGCAGUGUGAGCAAGAGGAACGGAGGCAACUCGAGGCUGAAGAACUGAAGCUGCGUGAAAUAGAGGCACAGAAGCAGCGUGAGAUUGAAGAAAGAAAGCAAAGUGAAAGGGAAGAACAGGAGCUGCGUGAAAUAGAGGAUAAGAAGCAAUGCAAAGCUGAAGAAAAGAGGCAACGUGAAGCUGAGGAGCAGAAGCUCAGAGAAAUGGAAGAACUCCGACUUCAAGAUCUGGAAAGAAAAAAGAAACAGGAAGAACACAUAGCAGAGGAACAGAAGAAGAAAGAAGAAAAGGAAAAGCAAGAAGAACUAAAACAACUAGAUAUUGAAGAGGAAAGAAAACACAAUAGAGAAGAGGAAGAGAAAAACAAUGUAGCAAAGAGAGAAAAGCAAGAGGAUUUUAAAAAAAACCUUGAUUGUCAAGAACAGGAAAGAAUAGGAGAGGAACUUAGGUGGCAGGAAAUGGAGGAGAGACAAACCAUGCCAAGACCUUUCACAUUUAAAGUAUCCUCCGGAGAAAAGCCCAUUCAGAAGGUUAACCUAUCGCCUGUGACACUAUUAAACCAGCAAGCCAGUCCACCAGGUACAGAGUCAAAGUCUUCACCAAAAGCAGACAAAGGUUCUCAUUCCUUGCCAUCUUCAUUGUAUGUUCCUCACACAGCCAUUUUCGUAACAGGAUCCCAGCUUUGUGACACAGCGGUGAAUUUGAACCAGAUUAAGGAUACAGCCUGUAAGUCUUUACUUGGUUUAGCUGAAGACAAGAAAGCCAGGGAUAUAUCCCCAGUUGAAAGUGUAAAUAAAACUUCUCCUGAAGGAAAACCUAGAACUAGAACAAGAUCCACCCACGAGUCAACAGAUAACCAGUCGAGUGCUGCAAUAUUAGCAGAGUGGGCCACUAUCAGGUCCAAGAUCCUUAAAAGUGCAGAAAAUGGAAAGCAGUCGGAGAGAGAAGUAAGAUAUCAUGGUAGACUUAGUGAUGACUACACCCAAAAAGGGGUUACUGGUUUGCACAGCAACCUUAGAAAAACUAUGUCUGCAAAUGCAAAGUUCUCUAUUACACCUGCAUGGCAGAAGUUUACAGACGGCUCCAAAGCCAAUGAGACCGUGAAUACAAAGCCUGUGCAUGAAAUAGAAAAAGAAAGCACAGGAGCAGGGGUUUUGUCUCCAGAUUCAGCUGUAUUGCCUCCCUUAGCUGCUAAAACUAAAGACAGUGGAACCAAAGACAAAGUUGUGAAGUCAGUAAGGAUAGUGGAUAGCACCGAAAGUUGUGUAUUUGCCAAAGAUCUUCCAUCUUUUCUGGUCCCAAGCCCUCCUCACAUUUCAAACAAAGGACGUUCGUUGUCCGAAUCCCAGAGUCCUGCAGAGAAUCAAGAUGUAGCCAAUCCUCUGAAAAAAGUAGAAGGAACUGACAAAAAGGGACAGAAUAUUAAUGAGAAACCUUCUCCUUUUGGCAUCAAGUUGAGAAGAACAAACUACUCUCUUAGGUUUCACAAUGAACAGCAGGCAGAUCACAAAAAAAAGAAAAGAUACAGUGCUGGAGACAGUUUUGAAGGUAUCCCAACUCCUCUCAUCCCAUUUGGCCAGGAAAGAGACAUACCUGUGUUUUCCAAUAAACGUAGUCAACCUUCCACACCAUCAAUCAGAGAAACAGCAGACAACAGUGCCACCAAUGUUCCACAAAAUGCAUCACAACCAAAGUUGACACCAACUAAAAUUAGCAUUCCAGUAUUAUGCAGCGAAAGUGAAAAGCUUCCCUCAAAAUCCCCGCUUUACCAGAAACCAUUUCUCGCCCCCAAACCUGUCCUUGUUACCCCGCCAUCUUCUCCCCUUCCUAAAAUGGACAAAUGCAGUUUUGGUGGGACUGUAGCUCAAAGGACUACGCAAGAGGAUUUAGCUGCAGAACAGAAAAAGGAAGAAAUGAAGGCUGAUGCCUCGCAAAAAAGCCGCCAUGAUGAGGAAGAGACGAAGGAAAAAAGAUCGUUCUUCUCAUCCAUUAACAUACCUUGGAGGGAAAAAACAGACAGGAAAACAGAGCUUAUCAAGAGAGAAAAGCCCAGUCUUCAAAGCAGCCAUUCUCUCGAUAGCUCUAGGACGACAGAGAAAGGGGAUUCUCUGCAGCCCCUGUGGAUCACCCUGGCCCUGCAGAAACAGAAGGGCUUCAGAGAGCAGCAGUCCACUCGAGAGGAGAGGAAGCAGACAAAAGAAGCCAAGCUGGUGGAGAAACAAUCAAAAAACAGUAGUGGAGUUAUAAGUCCAACUGAUAACAAAGAACCCAGUUCUAAUCAAAGAUUGCAGAAACCUCCAGUUAAGGAGGAAGAAAAGAAACCUGACACUAUUUUAUCUAGAUUUGAACGCAGGGAACAACUGAAAAAGUCCAACACACUUCCUAAUUCUGUUACAGUUGAAAUUUCAGACCCGACUUGCUCGACCCCAUCAGUGAAAGAAGCAACCAAGAAAUUUCCGAGUUCAGAUUCAGCUCAAGUGUCAACAGAACCUGCUUGGCUGGCCCUGGCCAAGAGGAAAGCAAAGGCUUGGAGUGAUUGUCCCCAGAUUAUCAAAUAGUCUCACACACAAUACCUGCCAUAUCACUGUUGCUUUACUACUUUUCUACAUUUUUAUUGUGUUACUUUUACGUACUAGGGAUCACAACCAGGGUUGACCACACCUCACUUUUAGGUCAUAAAAGAUCUUGGCCGAGAACAGUCAAACAUAAGAUUGUGUUGAGUCUGCGGCUUGCAUCCUACUCUGUACUAUGGAGUGUAUGGACUGACUUUGUAUGAUUUUAUCGGUAUCAACUGCCAUUUUCAGCCAAACAGAGCAACUGGGCCAAACCAGUCUUAUGAAAUGAUCUUCUCUUAUCUUAAGGGUGUAAAUGAACAAAGCAUGUCUUGAAAGGCCCAGUGUCCAAAACCUUGUAAGUAUAAUAUAGCUUGAACAACAAAGAUGUAUUUCCACUAGUUUUUGACAUGUCCAUCAUGUCUGCUUGAUACUUUCACUACAAUAAACCAGAAGGCAGCAAUGUCUUAAGGGCUCGCAUUGCACAAAGCAAAUACUUGCCCCGCCUUCCCAGCACUUCAUUCUGUAAUAAACUGUUAUGUUGAAUGUUAAGUCAUAAAUAUUUGCUUAUUUUAGACAUUUUUUUUUUUAAAUGACCUUUGAUUAGAGAACAACUCAGUCAGUUAUAACACACAGAUCUUUAUUAACAUUUUGUUUCCUGUCACAGUACAAAAUGCUACUGAUUUAAACCACGUGUUUUAUUACAGAGCUUAAUGAAACAGAUACGUAUGUGAGAUGCGUGCAAAAUUUACAAGACUCACAUUCAUUGUAAAUACAAUCCUUUUAAACAUUCUUGGUUUUGUUUGUUAUUCCAGUGACCUAUGAUAAGAAAGCAAAUAUCUAGUCGGCCAAUAUGUAUUUUUGUUUUUAACUUGUCACAUAAGUUCAGCACUAAGAAAUUUGCACUAAAACACACAAAUAUUACUGUACUGUGGUUUAUGAUAUGCUUAACAAUAAAUAAUACUUGCACAGUAAUGUAUUUAGUAAAAUAUUCAGCUUUUUUUUUUUUAACUAAAACAAUUUCACAAAAUAUCCUAUUGCUGUUUAACAGCAUGAAUAAAUGGUAUGUUUUAUUCUGUUGUAGCCUUGAAUCCGUUACUUAAUUAGAUCAUUGCAAGCAGAUUAUAUGUAGGGCUUCUGAUUUUCGGUUUUAACCGAUAAAACCCAAUAAAACACCCCCGAUACAAAAAUAAAUAAAUCGGUGGAUAGCCAAUAAACACUGGAAAACCUGUGGAAAUGGUUAAUCAAUUCACAUUGACUUUAGCCUUUUCCCAUUAAAUAAAAAUAAAACCUACUACAAAUACAGUACUGUGCAAAUGUUUUAGGCAGGUGUGAAAAAAUGCUGUAAAGUAAGAAUGCUUUCAAAAAUAGCCAUGUUAAUAGAUUAUAUUUAUCAAUUAACUAAAUGCAAAGUGAGUGAACGAAGAAAAAUCUAAAUCAAAUCCAUAUUUGGUGUGACCACCCUUUGCCUUCAAAACAGCAAUUCUUCUAGGUACACUUGCACAAAGUCAGGGAUUUUGUAGGCAUAUAGUCAGGUGUAUGAUUAAACAAUUAUACCAAACAGGUGCUAAUGAUCAUCAAUUCAAUAUGUAGGUUGAAACACAAUCAUUAACUGAAACAGUAACAGCUGUGUAGGAGGAAUAAAACUGGGUGAGGAACAGCCAAACUCAGCCAACAAGGUGAGGUUGCUGAAGACAGAUUACUGUCAAAAGUCAAACACCAUGGCAAGACUGAGCACAGCAACAAGACACAAGGUAGUUAUACUGCAUCAGCAAGGUCUCUCCCAGGCAGAAAUUUCAAGGCAGACAGGGGUUUCCAGAUGUGCUGUCCAAGCUCUUUUGAAGAAGCACAAAGAAACGGGCAACGUUGAGGACCGUAGACGCAGUGGUCGGCCAAGGAAACUUACUGCAGCAGAUGAAAGACACAUCAUGCUUAGUUCCCUUCGCAAUCGGAAGAUGACUAGCAGUGCCAUCAGCUCAGAAUUGGCAGAAAACAGUGGGACCCUGGUACACCCAUCUACUGUCCGGAGAAGUCUGGUCAGAAGUGGCCUUCAUGGAAGACUUGCGGCCAAAAAGCCAUACCUCCGACGUGGAAACAAGGCCAAGUGACUCAACUAUGCACGAAAAGACAGGAACUGGGGUGCAGAAAAAUGGCAGCAGGUGCUCUGGACUGAUGAGUCAAAAUUUGAAAUAUUUGGCUGUAGCAGAAGGCAGUUUGUUUGCCGAAGGGCUGGAGAACAGUACGCGAAUGAGUGUCUGCAGGCAACAGUGAAGCAUGGUGGAGGUUCCUUGCAAGUUUGGGGCUGCAUUUCUGCAAAUGGAGUUGGGGAUUUGGUCAGAAUUAAUGGUCUCCUCAAUGCUGAGAAGUAGAGGCAGAUACUUAUCCAUCAUGCAAUACCAUCAGGGAGGCAUCUGAUUGGCCCCAAAUUUAUUCUGCAGCAUGACAACGAUCCCAAACAUAGAGCGAAAGUCAUUAAGAACUAUCUUCAGCGUAAAGAACAAGGAGUCCUGGAAGUGAUGGUAUGGCCCCCACAGAGCCCUGAUCUCAACAUCAUCGAGUCUGUCUGGGAUUACAUGAAGAGAGAGAAGCAACUGAGGCUGCCUAAAUCCACAGAAGAACUGUGGUUAGUUCUCCAAGAUGUUUGGGCCAACCUACCUGCUGAGUUCCUUCAAAAACUGUGUGCAAGUGUACCUAGAAGAAUUGAUGCUGUUUUGAAGGCAAAGUGUGGUCACACCAAAUAUUGAUUUGAUGUAGAUUUUUCUUCUGUUCACUCACUUUGCAUUUUGUUAAUUGAUAAAUAAACUAUUAACAUGUCUAUUUUUGAAAGCAUUCUUACUUUACAGCAUUUUUUCACACCUGCCUAAAACUUUUGCACAGUACUGUAUAAUAAUAAAUACAUGUCCCGCCUUCCUGACUUGCAUCUAUCAUUGGUAAAACUUAAGUGUGCCAGUAUUUUCGAGUUACUAUACAUAUUUCAACACAAAAAAACGUUCAAGCAUUUUGGAAAGUAACCGAAAAGAGUAAUUUCAUACAGUAUAUCAAAAACGAAAGCCCCCAAAAAAACAAUUUACAUAAAACUCGAAAAUAGCUAAAAAUAAGCACUGAAAAAUACAAUUAAUAAAACCUGAAAAACAGAAGCCCUAAUUAUAUGUUCAUCACGUUAGCUUCUUGUGAUAUGUAAAAAGUAACAAGUUAUAUAAAACCAUAGAUGUAUGUAUAAAAGUAACUUUAUGGUAUAUUAAUGUAGUUUUAUUUAAUUUUUAAAUUGUUCCAAAGUGCAAUUGGUCUUUUUCUAUUUUAAUUUUAUGUGUAAUUGUGUAGUGUAAUCAUGGUGUUAUUGUACAUGUAAUAAAGUUCUCUUUCAUUAACUGUACUUCUUGUUUCACUAAGAUUAAUACACACAAUACACAAAUGCCACCUGCUGGAAACUUAACACAUUACAGUUCUCCGUGAAUGAAUACAAAAACAAGAUAGUGCUACGACCAAUUAGCAUGUUGCUAACUAGCAAAACAUAUCCUGUAUUGAUUAAUAAUUCAUAGUCUGGCAUUUAUUAACCCUUUGCAGUCAGGUCCAAUUUAUUUUCACACGCGCAGUUAAUUUUAGACACACUGUUUAAAAG